AUGAUGAACCGGCCAGGGACAGUGCCGCAAUCUCUUAGGGGCAUGCCUGUCAACUUUGGUGGCCAACAACAAUCUCAACAACCAGGGCGAGCGGUUUCGAAUCGGCUGCCGAACGGGAAGAUAGCGAAUAAUGGAUCAGGCUGGGCCUUUGGCGGCAAUGUGCCCAUGGGUGGUGUUGGCUUCCAAAACCAAACCCGUCAAUUAGGAGGAAAUGUCAGUUUUGCGCAGAGCCUGAGCGGGUCGCAACCUGCCACUCCGUUGGAUCUGUCCGAAUUUCCAUCACUUUCAAAUAACUCACAAUCUAACAAUGCCAAUCCGGCAUCCAUGUGGUCGUCUGGAGGCUCUCGAAGCCUGAGUGGCCCUGUGCAGCGAAAUCAGUCAACUCCGGUAUCGUCUCAGCAAGGUGGCCAAGAAGACCUGUUUUCUGCACCGUCGUCUCGUCUACCAUCAAAUCAGGGGUCGUUCCGUUUCGGGAAUCAAAGCAACCUGGCCUCCGCCCCUCAAGGGCAACCCAGCAGUGUAGAUGACUUUCCCCCAUUAAAUAGAAGUGGAAAUGCAGACUUGGCAUCAGACCGAAGUGGCAACUUGAUGUCACUAGCAUUCAAAUCUCAACACGGCGCGUCCAUCAUGCAUAGGGGGAACGGUCUGCUGAACGCGCUAUCGGCUAAUAGCCGCGCAAGCGAUGCACGGUCACCGCCCGGAAUUGGUUCGACGACGCGUGUCCAAGAUCAGAAGCGGCUGGGAGCGGAUGAGGAAAACAGGCAAAAGUCUACGCUGAGGGAUAUUGGGCUCGGCAAGCCAAGAACUGUGGAUGGCACAAGUUCAAGCGUACUAGGGGCCAUAGGGAACGAUGAGGCGUCUGCGAAGCUGAGGGACGAAAAGGAAUCACAAGCCCCAGAGGCGGUGGACCCUCUCGCUGGGAUGGCUCCUGUGGAUAAAUGGGGGAUCAAGGGAUUGCGGACACUGAUGAACAACUAUCCGGACUACCACGCAAUGGUGGUUGGCAUGGACCCCUCGUCAAUGGGACUUGAUACCAACUCGCAGGACCUGAUCUCAACGCAAGUGUAUUCCUUGUUUGAUGACGCUCCUCCGCGGCCGACAGUCAAUGGACACAGAGUACGGCUACCUGAUUGCUACAACGUAACCAAUGUCCAGCCUUUUGAAAGCAAGAUUCAAAACUUCAACGAUGACACGCUCUUCUGGAUCUUCUACAGCUUUCCAGCAGAUGCCAAACAGCAAAUGGCUGCGGCGGAACUGCAUUCCCGCAACUGGAGGUGGCACAAGAAACACCAAAUAUGGCUCACCAAAGACGAGCACAUGACGCCUCAGAUUUUGAGCCCCAAUCACGAGCGGGGCUUUUAUAUCGUUUGGGACAUUGAUCAAUGGCGAAAAGACAGGCGAGAACUGAACCUGUUCUACGGUGACCUGGAUACCACGUUAAGUCAAGCGCCUACGAUACCGUAA